ACGUGCAUUUCACGUAGAUUGUCAGGUUUAUUUUUGGGAGAAACCUGAAUAAUUGUUAACGUUAAAAUAUAGAAUGUAGACACCGGUGUUAAUUGAAUAUACAAAGUUUUGGAAUUAGUAAAGAUUUUGUAAUAAUUGUUGGAAUUAUAUCGUCUGAUAUAGAGACAUGAAAAAUGAAGAAAUGCCAAAUCACAGCAGAUGGUCAAGAACUUGUGUAACAAAGACUGUCAUUAUAGUGGUUAUUAUCUUAAUCAGUUUACAAUACCUCGUUAAUGUCGCCAUCUUCCGGCACAAUGAUUCCAUUAUUUUCUUACAACUUCUGGAUUCCUCUUUUGGAAAAAUGUUGAACCAGACUGGAAUAAAUAUGAAAGGACGCAUGCGUGACUCUGUGACGAAAAUGGAGAAACCAUUAGAACCUUGUCCAAUUAUUCCGCCAAAACUCCAGGGUCAUGUGAAAGUUAAUGCACAAGUUGCUGCAUGGGCAUACAUUGAGCAAGAAAAUUCCAUGCUGAAACGUGGUGGCCGUUACAAGCCGCCGGACUGUAUAGCUAGAAACCGUGUUGCCGUGAUUAUUCCGUACAGAGACAGAGAAAUUCAUCUAAAAAUAUUUUUGAGGAACAUGCACCCAUUUUUACAAAGACAACAAUUAGAUUAUGGCAUUUUUGUUGUAGAGAUGGAAAAGAACAUCAGAUUUAACCGAGCCUUACUAAUGAAUGUAGGGUUUGUAGAGGCUAUGAAACAAUACGACUAUCAAUGUUUUAUAUUUCACGAUGUGGACCUUCUACCCGAGGAUGAUCGGAAUCUGUAUACAUGUCCACAAUUUCCUCGACAUAUGUCUGUAGCUAUUGAUAGACUUCAGUACAAACUGCCAUAUGCACAAAUAUUCGGAGGUGUCAGUGCCAUAUCGACAGAACAGUUUCGGAACAUUAACGGUUUUUCUAACAUUUUCUUCGGAUGGGGUGGCGAGGAUGAUGACAUGUAUAGAAGAAUUUUGUACAGUAAUCUCACUGUGAUAAGAUACUCACCGGAAGUAGCUCGAUACAAAAUGCUAAUACAUGUCAAGGAAAACGGGAAUUCAGACAGAUUUAUGCUUUUAAGAACAGUUAAAGCAAGACAGAAAACAGAUGGAAUAACAAGCCUUAAAUACAAGGUUGAGAAAAUGGAGCUUACAUCUUUAUAUACGUGGAUACUUGUUAGUGUCAACGAGACAGAGAUAAUUGACGCUGAACCAAUUCAUAAGUUGGCAGCAAAACAUUUGCGACGAGGAAAACUUUUGCCAAACCCAAAUCCUGUCCAAGGGAAAGUCGCUCAAGGCAAGAUGAAUUCACAAGUAAAUAGCGGUAAACUAAGCAAGGCAAUACAACCUGAAAUUAUAAAACCAGUUCAAAAAGUUAAUGUAGCACAGAAUGAUGAUAAAAACAAGGAGAUUAAGCAAGGAAACUUAGUUCAAAGUGAGAGUAAAAAUCAGGGACUCCAAGGAAAAGAGGUUAAAUCUAAUGUUGAAAAGACAAGUAAUACAAAAAGUGCUGCUAAAGUAAAUCUAGCGAUGAAAAACACUGUGAAAAACACUGUAAAUGAAAAGAACAAGGACAAACCAAAAGACCCUACAAAAAAUAUGCAAGUGAAAACUGAUGCAAAAGCAGCUUCGGUACCAAAAUUAAAACCUAAUGAACCAAAAAUAAAACUGAUAGCUGGGUUAGCGAGACGUAAAAGCAUCAAAUUUGUCAGCUGGAUUCCAAAUGACUUCAAAGGAAUUUUGCCAACAAAUCUUACCAAAUUUGAACCAUUACCACAUAUUGUACCUCCACAUGUAAAUAAGAAAAAGGCUUUACUUGACAGAUUGGCAAAAAGCAAAAAUCUGCAGAAUCAAGUUAUUAUAAAUAGAUCUUCAACAAAUAUAGUUAACAGUGUAGACAGUAGGAAAAGUGUUCACGAAGGAAAUGAUGUCAAUGCAAAGAACUUACCUCUGAAAACAGACGCUGAAGUUCGCAAUGGUGGGAACAAACAAUUACCAAUUAAUGCGAAUAAAGAGAGUUUUCAAACUAUAGUUAACGCAGAAAAUAGCACAAAUAUAAAUAUUGUAGGUAAACAAAUAGAUAAAAUGAAAGCAUUGAGAUAACAGGAUAACCAGAUAGUUAUGAUAGAACACUUUACUGUAGAUCUCAUAAAAUUACAAUGAACUCCACAUAUGACCAGCAAACAAGUUCACGUGAUAGUGAACAGUGUUCGGCAUAGUGGGGCGGGUACAGUUCCGGUCAAGGUGACCUUGUGAUAAUGGUUACACGCGUGACCUAUAGAAUUAUUUAUCAUUUUAAGUAAGCGGACACUUUUUCUUGCCAAUUCUAAAAUGUACCUGAUGACUGGCUCUGAAAUUGUGGCGCAGUUAAGUUUAUUUAUUUCCUCUGUCAGUCAGAUCAUUUGUAUCAAUAUUUAUUCAUCGAUCAGAAUCUUAUUUCAGCAUAAUCGUGUCAUAUUUAAUUUAUAAUUAUGUACAGUGAUUGGCCAUAAGUAAGUCAUCAAAAUAACCGUCUUAACGUUUACCAAUCUUAGCUCUUUACCAUAAAUUAAACAUAACAAUCUUACCUUAAUUAUAAUUAAGUUCUUCUUCUUUGGUCCUCGCUUUGACUUGACGUAUUAGGUAUAUGCUGUUUUGUAAGACCAUACAAAAAGUCUUUUAAGUCUGCCCUAAACUUUAUUGAACAUUUUGGCCGACCAUGUUUUGCUUUAUGCAAAGCCAUACAUUUUCAAUAACGUUUAUAUCUGAAGGCCAAGUCAUUAAUGGAGUAUUUUUUUUACAUUUUCCAUUUGUUGUCCCGCAAAUUGUGCAGCGUAUUAUUUUCUCGUUGUAUUGUUGUUGUUGUAGUUUGAGGAAUUCUCUCAGGGCUAUAAGAUUUACUGACUUAAAGUCAUUGAUUUUUAAAAUCUAUAAGAUAUAAAAAAUCGUCGUAACCUUCCUGAGUUUAUUUUAAUAAUGCUAUUUUGCCGACUUUGGGAAACGACGAGCUUAUAAAAGUUUUGUGUGUCAUAAGACAUCUAAAGAGGUUACCAAUGAAAAAUUUCGACAAUACAUAAAAUGUUUUAAAUUGACCAAUCAGACUGAAACAUGUAUAUAACAAUCUGUUUACAAUUUGUUUCUCAGACUUAUGUAACAUGCAGACUAAUUUAAGUAACACCUUUGUUGUUUUAAAACAUUUAGUCGACAUUUAUUUGUCUGUAUAAUUCGUACAUACUGUGUCCACAUCUGUAUAUUAAAAACACAAUGAUUCAUUCAAUAACAGUAUCUGAUGCAAACAUUUGAGAAUACUUUUUAAUGUUUUAUAACAAUAAUUCAAAUUGAAUAAUAUUUAAACAAUAAAUAAAGACAUUUAUAAUAUCAAUAAUUCCAUAAUAUUAUCUAUAUUUUCACGACAGAACAUUACCUGUACUCACAGGUAUUUUUGCUUUUCGAACACCCUGAUAAUUCUACUAAGUUCACCUCUUUGGGUAAUUCUACCUCAAAGGCAUUCAAUGUUCUUUGUCCAUGUGUAUUUUGGUCACUGGUUCAAAAACAACAGCAUAAUUCAAUCUCUGUAGUUCCCUAUGUACUGAACACACCGACGAAAAUAGAGUCAUCAUGAUGAAUGAGAUCAGCAGUAUUUUUUCCCAAACUCCACAUCUUCUACAUGGCACUGUCUCUUCCUUCCCAUGGUAAUAGCAUCGUUAGCUUGAUAAUCCCUAUGUCUAUAGCGAUAUUGUCUUCCCAUAUGGUCACUCUGUCCUAACGUUUCCGAAUUUCUCUCCUCUACUGUUGUUGUAAGUUUGGCCAUAACGACCGCCAAUACUUCCACAGCGCUUUCGAUGGCUGUGGGUUGUGGUAUUUUGUCCAUAGCGUUAACAGAAAUGACUGGAGCAAUGAUCAUUAUGGAUGCAAUAUUGUAAAGACCUGAUCAAAGUUUUUUAGAAUUAUGCGUACUCACAGCCGAUCCAAUGUUCCUGUCCUUACCAGACAAUUCAAUGUGUACUGCGAUUGCAUCGUCCAGUCUGUUUUUCUAUAGCAGUAAUGCAUUUUCCAGCCUAAAAUUGAAUUUUUCAAUAUUUCCAUUGCUUCAUUGUUUCAGAAGAAAUAUGUUUAAGACUACUGUAUCGGUUUGCUGAACUUAUAUUUUUUCUGUCAAUCCUACUUUUAGUCCUCCAAAUGUAGUAGGUGGACUCACUAAUGAUACAAUCCACAGGCGGGAAUGUCUUUCCAAAUACCAAAAUAAAGUGGCAAACGCCUGAUCAUCUUUAUUACCUGUGCACGCUUGAUACUGUUCAAAUCUUUUGAGGUAUAUCUCUAUAUCUUCCGCCCCGUCUCUUCUGAAA